CAAUUGCCUCGAAAGUGAAACUCAGUUAAACCUGAGUGGUGCUGAGCAAACUACUACAUUAGGCACUCAUCUAUUAUAGAGGAUAUAUUUCAAAGACAGAGUGAUGUAAUGGAGAAGCAUUUUCUAAGGAAAUCAAGAGCCCUUUUCUAUCUCAGGUUUCUUUUUAUUGAAGCUUGAAGCUCAAGUUCAUGGCUUCAUCAAAAGACGCUUCAAAUCCUGAAGUUGAGAUAGCUCUCACCUGGAGCCCGUGUGUUGUUCUACCCUUUGGCUGGGAACACAGUCACCUGGGAAUCAUUCCAGCAGGUGGCUUCAAAAGUCCAACCUGCUAGGUUGAAAUCUGACACUGACACAGACUCCGGGAGCUGCCGCGGAAAGCUCUACCAGGAACCCGGAAAUGCACAAGCCUCUUGAUGCAUAAAAACAGCUGGGCUCCCUUGGAGACAGAGCGCCAUGGGAAACCGGGUCUGCUGCGGAGGAAGCUGGACCUGCCCAUCAACUUUCCAGAAGAAAAAGAAAACAGGAAGCCAAGCAAGACGGACACUGAAGCCGCAGCCACAACAGCUGCAGCAGAAUCUCCCAAAGGGCCAUGAAACAACAGGACAUACGUAUGAGCGGGUGUUACAGCAGCAAGGGUCUCAAGAGAGGAGUCCAGGCCUCAUGUCGGAAGACAGCAACUUACAUUAUGCUGACAUUCAAGUGUGCAGCCGUCCCCAUGCCCGGGAAGUGAAACAUGUCCAUUUAGAAAACGCUACAGAGUAUGCGACCCUUCGCUUCCCCCGGGCCACACCUCGCUAUGACAGCAAGAACGGGACCCUGGUGUGAACGUUGGGGAGGAAGGCCCAGUCCAUUGUUAACCACUAAUCCUGUGGGGGAGAACCUACUGCUUUGGGGAAUUGGGUGGCAACCCAGGGAUAUUGGCCACGUUUUAAGCUUAAAGAACUCCAAGGCCCCUGGAAUUGUGGGCGUCCCAUUUUCUCCCCUGGCCUCUGACUUGCCGCUGUUAGGUUGGAGUUAUAGUUGGUUUAGCUAUGGGUGGAUAGCUAAACUUAGCUAUCCACAUGAGGUUAGGUGGAGUGUGCAGGGAGGUAGGUCUUCGACCCCACCAUUGUUGCUCCUGCUCUUGAAAAGUGCAGAAAGAGCAGGUAAAAAGUUAGCCUAUAAGCACGUGGGCUGAUCUUGUUGGACUUUAAUUAAUGGUAUCCUUUUUCACACACCUUAAACUCCAAAGCUGAAGGGGAGGUGCUCUGGAAAAGCAUUCUGAGCUUUUACAUUCAGACACUAGGGCUGGCUUGGGCCAUUUCCGCAGUGGCUGAGUCAGGUUCCAGACCUUAACAGACAAAUGGGGAAAGGGGGCUGAGGCGUGGAGGAAGCGCUUUCCAACCAUGGGCUACAGGACCUCAAGUCAGUGAUAACCGACAGCACAGCGAGGCCCGGAAACUUCCCUCGGAGGGACUGUUGGCUCUCGCAGGUGCGGGGCCGCUAGGAUCAAUAAACGGCCUGAGAAACA